CCCCCACCUCUUUGACCAAACCAAUUCUCUUCCCACCUCCACCCUUCCCUUUCCUCUCACCUCCUUCCUUCCUUCCUCUCUCCUACUUUCUCCUCAUCAUUCCCAACUACACCUCUUUCCUUCUCUUGUUCUUCUUCCAUAGCCCAACAUCCUUCUAUCAAGCCAUAUAGGAUUAUUUCUAUCCGUAUAUCCUCAUUGGUGCUUCCAUGGAGAAACCAACUAGAGCAAAGGCCACCAAAAUCUUCAGUUUCCUUCCAAAGCCAACCUCCUUCUCUAUCCCUCACCCCCCUGCCUACAGCCCUGGCCGCGAGAAUCCUGCGAAGUCGAAGGCUCUCCACAAGACCUUCUCGGGCCCUAUCAUAUCGAUCAUCCCGGUGGAAGCUCGACGUAAGGAGAAGAAUGGAGGUGGUUUUGAUGCCCAAGAGCCGACCUCCCCGAAGGUUUCAUGCAUCGGCCAAGUCAAGCACAAGAAACCUUGCCGCCCGAAGCGGUCCUCGCCACCCCGACAGGAGAGGAAGCCGGCUAAUUUUAUCAUCCGCAAGAUGUUUCAACGCAAGGCGAGGCCAGGCCGGAGAAUGGACGCGGCGGAGAGCAGCGAAGGGAGGCCGGCAGUCGUUGGUAGAGCGCCAUCAUUAGGCCAGAUGCAGCGCUUCACGAGCGGGCGGGAGACGCUACGUGAUUUCGAUUGGAGGAAGGUGGAGAUGAAGCAGGAGGCAGCUACCGGGGAUCCAGAGAAGUGUCCUUCCUCCGACGAAGAGAGUGAUGAGGAGCAUGAUGUGGCCAUUUACCACUCUGCACCACUUAUGGUGGGUGGUGGAGUGGUGGGUAUGGAGCCAAGGAAGGAGGUGAACCUUUGGAAGAGAAGGACCUUGGCUCCCCCUGCUCCUCUUCAAUUCAAAUGAAGGUUUCCGUUUCUUCAUUUUGAUGCUUUGCUGCUGCUCAUGUUUGAAUCUUAACAUGAGGUGGGAUAGAAAUAUAAUUAAAGUGCAUGUAAGUUUGUCCAGAAUAUUCUAAUGGACGUAUUGAUAGCUUAUGUUGUUGAAUGUAAAUAUGCAAGUGGGAUUGUGUUGAUUGGCAGAUGAUGAGAGUGGUUUUUGGUUUGGUAGAAGUCAGGCGAAGAACUUGCAAAGAUCUUAAAGGCAGGAUUGCCAUUGAUUUCUCUGGUAGCCCACUUUUUUCAUCCCAAGGUUUUUGAUACCUUGAGAUUGAAUAUGUUAAAGGUUUUGGCACCAUUAGAUGGAUUCUUUA